CGACGGACUGACAAGCCUUCGGUGAGGAGGUUGGGAUUUGGCGCGCCGCUCACAAAUCGUCAUAGUCGCUCAGCUGUCAAGGGGGAAAGUUGUCAUUCUCAGCGCCAGGCGACCAUGUUGUCCAUUCCAGAGCUGAUCAAGAAGAAGCGGGACGGCGCCAAACUGAGUGAAGGCGACAUCAAGGCCUUUGUGGAGGCGCUGACCGGCGGCGGCAUCCAGGACUGCCAGACAGGCGCCAUGUUGAUGGCCAUCUGGCAGCGGGGCAUGGACGCGCGAGAGACGGCCACGCUGACCAAGGAGAUGAUGCUGUCGGGGGAAGUGAUGUCAUGGCCCAGGGAGUGGGCGGGGCUUCUGGUGGACAAGCACUCCACGGGCGGCGUGGGCGACAAAGUCAGCCUGGUGCUGGCGCCCGCGCUCGCCGCCUGCGGUUGCAAGGUACCCAUGAUCAGUGGGCGGGGCCUGGCCCACACAGGAGGAACGCUGGACAAACUGGAGUCCAUUCCCGGAUUUAGCAUCCACCAGUCGGCACAGCAGGUGCGAGGCAUCCUAAGCAGCGUGGGCUGCUGCAUCGUGGGCCAGACGGAGACGCUGGUUCCCGCCGACCGCAUCCUCUAUGCCACGCGCGACAUCACCGGCACCGUGGACAGCCUGCCGCUCAUCACAGCCUCCAUCAUCUCCAAGAAAGGCGCCGAGUCGCUGACGGCGCUGGUUCUGGACGUCAAGUUCGGCCGGGCGGCGCUCUUCAAAGACCUGCGCGACGCCAAGGAGCUGGCGCGGCUCCUGGUGAACGCGGGCAACGAUCUGGGCAUGCGCACGGGCGCCGUGCUGAGCCGCAUGGACGGCGUGAUCGGUCGCAGCGUGGGAAACGUCCUGGAAGUCAUCGAGGCUCUGGACGUGCUCAAGACGGGCGGACGACAAGACCUCAUGGAGCUCGUCGCCACGCUCGGCGGCCUCUUGCUGGCCAUGACGGGUCUGGCGGCCGACCAAUCGGAAGGCAGACGCAAGAUCUCCCAGGCCGUGAGCGGCGGUGCCGCUCUGCUCAAGUUCCAGGCCAUGAUGGAGGCUCAAGGCGUCGCCAAGGAGACAGCCAGGGCUCUUUGCUCCGCCCACACAGAUUACUUCACCAUUCUAAGGAAAGCUAAGCACCAACUGGACUUGACCGUCAGCCAUGAUGGUGUGCUGAUGGACGUGGACGGUCUGGUUUUAGCGGAAGUGGUACAUAAGUUGGGGGCGGGGCGUUCCAAGGCCGGACAGCCUGUCAAUCACAGUGUGGGGGCGGAGCUACUGCUCUCCCUCGGCCAGAAAAUUACCAAAGGCACUCCCUGGCUGCGAGUCCACUACGAGGAGCCGGCACCCAGUCCAGAUCAGAUCGAGCGACUGCAGCGCGCUCUCGUCCUGGGAUCGGUCGCCGAUUGGAAAAAGCCAAAUUUGGUGCAAGAAGUGAUGCUUCCGGUUUGAUCGGUGCCCCCUUCCUUGCCUGCUCUCAUCUAAAAAUCAUGAAAAAUAUGCAAUUAAUUGUAGUAUAUAUGUAAAACUAAUUUUUAUAUGGUCUUACUAAAUUAAGUUAUUAAUUCAUCAACUUACCAAUAAAAUAGAAGUCAUCUUUAUAGAUAUGAACUGUCCAAAAAUGUUUCAUGUUGGCAGAAAAUAUUGACAAUAAAUUGUAUCAAAUGCGA